AUGAAUUUCAGUCUUCUCGAUCGUUUCACUGUGAUGGCCGAGCCAAUCUUUGAUUUGAAACAAACACCAACUCCCACAAGCAAUAAUACUCAAGUCAAUAUAAAUGAAGACAUUGCUGGUUCCGCGGGAGUUUUGACCACUCUGGUUGCAAAUAUCGUGGUUGCCUUGAUCUACUUUGUCAUGUUUUUUUUGUGUUGCAGACAAUUGGCAGUGUUUAAUCCUGAGAAGAAAAAACGAUUGUUUAUUGAAUACUUAAAAGAUAUGGAAGAAGAGGCCGAAUCGAAGAAAACUCAUGCUGAGCCUUCCACCAAAACUUCAAGAAAUGAGGAAACAACAGUUGAAAUUGAAGGAGAAAAACCACAUGCGUUGUCUUUUAUUGGUCACAGAGCCGGCUAUUACACAGAAAAAUUGAGCCAUGCCUAUCAGGAAAUAGCAGCCCAAUAUCCAUUUAAUCAGCUUCCACGAGUACCUUCAGAAACAUCUGAGUUCAAGGAAAGAGUGAUUCCAAAACUCAAACAGAUGCUCAUUGAUGCAUUUAAUUCUUCUGCUUUGUUCUUUCCAGCUAUAUUUCGACAUUUGAAGGAUGCAGUAUUAUCAUUCUUUGUACCAUCAUACGCACAAACAGAUCGAAUCAGAAAUACCAAAAGAUAUGGAAAGGACAUUGCUGUCUAUUUAUAUUUUCAACAGAUCAUUAUUUGGAUCUUAUUGAUUUGCACAGUAUUGACAUGUGCCGUGCUGUUGCCAAUACAUUUAACAGGACAACCACCAGUUUAUGAGUAUAACAUGACCUACAUCGAUCAACAAACCUCCUCUUUACAAAUAGAUUAUAUAUCUAAUCCUGAUUCCGAUAUUUUACAGAAAGGCACAAAACCUGUGAAAAACCUUACUCAAGAAGAUAACGCUUUACUGAGAACGACUAUUGAAAUGGUUGCCAAUUCACCCAUCAAACUUUAUGCUCAUAUUGGAGUGUUGAUUUUAUGUGUGUUGGUUGGGUUGAUUUUCUUUAUCCAAUUUCAUUAUAGUGCAAUUAUUCGAAAUCAGUCGUUUGGCGUCUCCUCUGAAACGGACACCCUUAAUCCAUCGUCUUCAAAGAAUAACAUGUUUACCAAUGUGGUAGACGGUCUUCUUGGUGUUUUACGAUCUACCGAGAGUAAUCAAAUUUCAAUCACAAUAGAUUCUGAUGUUUACAAAUCAGUGGAUCCCAAAGACAUUCUCUCACCUUAUGUUGUUGUCGUUAAGGGAUUACCCAGAGAUAUGACUAACUUGAAUGAUUUCAAAUCUUUUGUAGAGACAUAUUUUAACUUUAACGUGCCAAUUGAUGAUGAGAACAGCAAAGUUUUACGUGCUGUAUUAAUUUAUGAUUUUGUGGAUCGAUUGAAUUUAUCGACUGUACUUAAAAGAGUAGAGGAAGAUCUUGACCACUUUUUACACAUGAAAACGGAGAGAGGUUCUGAGCUGAUUCAGUUGAAAGAACACAUUGUUGUGGAUGAGGGAAUUGUUGAAUCCAAAAACAUUGUAUCUCAGUGCUUUGGAAUGCAAACUCAAGCCAAAAAAAUUCAUCUGUUCACUACAGAGGAAGCGAUCAGACAUUUGGAAAACAGAAGAAAAAAACUUAAAAAAGAAAUACAGAAAUGGGAUGUUGUGUAUAAUGCCUUGUUGCAAAACAAGAGCAUGCCUAAAAUUAGCAGCAUAGAAAGCUUUGAAGAACCAAAUGAAAUGGAGGAUGUACAAAUAGAGGAGAAUGCAGAAGAAAAAUCUACUGACCUCAAUCAAGACCCGGUUGCUUCCAUGUUUGUUGGUAACAAAGCAAUUGAAAGUUCUGGUGUUGGAUAUAUCAUUUUCAAAACAGAGGCAGAGGCACAAGAAGCUCUUAGUAGAUAUUUAAACAACCAAAUACGUCUCCAAAAUAAUCUUGUGAGAAUUUCUUCACUUCAACAAGAACCCAUUGACAUCAACUGGUACACUGUAUGCAGAAGCAAUGCGAUCACAGGAUCACCAUUAGAAGGAGUCGGUAUGAAUGUGUUGCUUCACAUUUUGUUGAUUGUAUUUUUCAUUGUAGCUUCAAGUCCAGCUUCUCUUCUUUCUGCCAUUCAGUCCAUAUUUAAUAUUGGAGUGAUCAAAAUGGAAGUAGGAAAAAUUCAAGCAGCAACUGGAGUCGUAGGAAGUAUUUUCUUCCAGUUUUUACCAUCCUUCUCGUUGUAUUGGACUUCGAGACUUAUCGGUUACACGUUACGCAAGUUGACCAUGCUAGGAAAAUAUGAAAGCAACCAAGAAUACACUCGAAUAUUCACAUUAAGGAAAUACUGUUACGUGGUGUUGACCAUUUUAAUUAUGCCUAGCUUGUGGCUAUCAUCAGUUGAUGGUAUUAUCAAUUAUGUGAAAACAGAAGAUGAUUUUCAACAAAUGUUGAAGAAAAUGUUUCUUCCUGCUAGCGGAGCUCUUAUGCUCUCCACUGUUUUGCAGUUUGCGGUGAUGAGUAAUAUGGAUGAUCUUAUUCGAACAGAAGAUGCAUUUUGGUACAUUUGGGCAACCAGAUUAUCAUUUUACCGUAAAGCCAAGUCUCCACUUGAAAGAUUACGAGCAGCCACAGAUCAGUACCUUUUCAAAAUUGACUCCAAUUACGCCAAAAUGCUGGCUGUAUUCACAUUAUGCAUGGCAUAUGCCGUAUUUAUUCCGGUAAUUGUUCCAUGUGGAUUGUUUUACAUGGUGAUUAAGCAUUGGUUUGAUAGAUACCUUAUUCAAGAAAUGUAUGAUGCCUCUGUCAAGUACAGUAUUGAUGUUAUUGAAAACAAGCCAACACCUUUGGACUAUGUUGCUCUUCAGAAAAAGAGCUUUUUGCUUCUCAAAAUAUUCAUCGCCUCUUUGGCAAUUGCAGAUGCAUUUUUAAUCAUAUUUUUCAGUUUGAGAAUAUUCACCGAAUCCACUUUUUUACCUCACUUUAUUUUGAGUGGUGCUCUGUUUGUGUUCAUGAUUGGUGCACUUUUCUACGUUCAACACAAUCAAGACAGGGUUAUUAGGACGAGAGUGCUGAAUGAAAUUACAAAACAGAAUUACUCGAGCUGGCUUCGCUACGCUAAAGAAAUUGCAUUUGUGACGCCAUUCGAAAGACACCAAUAA